GUCAGAGCUUGUCACUCUGUCAACAAGUUGUGUUUAGGAUGGACUGCGCGGCGCUGGAGCUCGAUGCUGUCAAAUUUGCCAAAACAGCUGUUACAUAUGACCAUAAUGGCAAAUAUAACGAGGCUGUAUUUUAUUAUAAGGAGGCAGCCCAGGCCCUGAUAUAUGCUGGCAUGGCAGGGUCCAAACUGGAGGGAAUCCAGGACAAAGUGAAUGAAUACUUGGAUCGAGUCCAAGCCCUCCACAAUGCUGUCCAGGCACAGAAGAGCGACCCGCUGAAGUCCCGGCAGCAGGUGGACCUGGAGCGCGCCCACUUCCUGGUCACGCAGGCCUUUGAGGAAGAUGAGAAGGGAAAUGAUGAUGAAGCCAUUGAGCUGUACACUCAGGCUGUGGAGCUGUGCAUUAAGACGUCCAACGAGACAUCGGACCAGGCGCUGCAGACCAAGCUGAAGCAGCUAGCACGUCAAGCUUUAGACAGAGCGGAAGGUCUUAAAGAGUCCCAGUCCAGAUCAACUCCAGCCCAGACUCAGGACAGGACGGGCCCCUCUGGAACCAGGCCUGCCAGUGGUGGCAAUUCUGGGGGACCAGUCCGCCAGUUUUUCCCCCUUGGGCCAGACUUCAGCCUCCACGACCGACCUCAGCCCCAGCCGGUCCGGGCAGUCCAGUCCAGCGAGCCGCAGGGUCAGCGCUACACGUCUGAAGAGAUCGAGGUGCUCAGGAGUACAUCUACAAUUAACAGCAUGGCCUACGUUCCCUUCAUGAGUGUGGACCUGAAGGAGCGGUUUGCCUUCCCCGUCCCCUUCUCGGACAAAACGGGGAAACUGGCGCUGUCACCCAAACAGAAAGCCAUCUUCUCCCGCUGGGUCCGGCCAGACGAGAUCUGCAAUAACCCCACCAUGAUCAUGUCUGUGUCCAGCUUCAGCAUCAAACAGACGGUGGUGUCUGACUGCUCCUUCGUGGCAUCACUCGCCAUCAGCGCCGCCUACGAGAGGCGCUACAACAAGAAACUAAUCACCAGCAUCAUCUACCCUCAGAACAGGCGAGGGCAACCGGAGUACAACCCGUGUGGGAAGUACAUGGUCAAGCUUCACAUCAAUGGAGUCCCCAGGAAGGUGAUUAUAGAUGACUACCUGCCGGUGGAUCGUAACGGAGAGCUGCUGUGCUCCUACUCCAGCAACAGGAACGAGCUGUGGGUGUCCCUGAUAGAGAAAGCCUACAUGAAGGUGAUGGGAGGCUACGACUUCCCUGGCUCCAACUCGAACAUCGAUUUGCAUGCGCUCACCGGCUGGAUCCCUGAACGCAUCGCUAUGCACUCUGACAAUCAGUCAUUCAGCAAGGAUGACACCUUCCGCAUGCUCUUCCAGAGGUUUCACAGGGGUGACGUCCUCAUCACCACGGCAACAGGAGUGAUGACAGAGGAAGAAGGGGAUAGAUGGGGUUUAGUGCCAACACACGCCUACGCUGUUCUUGACAUCAGGGAAUACAAGGGAAUGCGUUUCCUGCAGCUGAAGAAUCCAUGGAGUCAUCUGCGGUGGAAGGGGCGCUACAGCGAGCGAGAUGAGAAGAACUGGACGCCCGAGCUCCUCAAAUACCUCAACUUUGACCCCAAGACGGCACAGAAGUUCGAUAAUGGUGUUUUCUGGAUCGCGUGGGAGGACCUUUGUCAGUACUAUGAUGUCAUCUACCUGAGCUGGAACCCUGCCUUGUUCAAAGAUUCCUCCUGUAUUCACAGUAGCUGGGAUGGGAAGCAGGGCCCAGUGAAGGACGUCUACAGUCUGGCCAACAAUCCCCAGUACAAGCUGGAGGUCCAGUGUCCAGCAGGUGGCGCUGCCGUGUGGGUGCUGCUCACCAGACACAUCACUGACAAGGAUGAUUUUGCACAAAACAGGGAGUUUAUCACACUGGUCGUUUACAAGACAGAUGGGAAGAAGGUUUACUACCCAGCGGACCCUCCUCCUUACAUCGAUGGCAUCCGCAUCAACAGCCCACACUACCUGACCAAGAUGAGACUGACCAGCGCGGGGACGCACACCUUCACACUGGUGGUUUCCCAGUACGAGAAACAAAACACCAUCAACUACACACUGAGGGUGUACUCUGGAUGCAAAUUCACCUUCUCCAAGAUCCCAAAUCCCUUCACUCACACCAAAAGGAUCAACGGCCAGUGGAAGGGGCUCACUGCCGGAGGUUGUGGGAACUAUAAGGACUCGUACAAACACAACCCCAUCUAUCAGAUUAACCUGGAGCGGCCGGGACCGCUGCUCAUCGAGCUCCGAGGAUCCAGGCAGUACAGCGUUGGUUUUGAGAUGGUGACGGUGUCGACGGUCGGGGAGCCGGGUGCAGCAGCCUCCCAGAAGAAGAGCAGCGGAGAUUACAGAUGCGGUUUCUGCUACAUGGAGGCCGACCACGUCCCAGCAGGCAUCUACAACGUCAUCCCCACCACCUUCCUGCCCAAACAGGAAGGACCCUUCUUCUUGGACUUUGCCAGCACCGCGCCCCUCAAGGUCUCCCAGCUUCAGUGAAGACGGAGCUGGGAGAGAGGACGGGGGCAGGGAUUGGGAGGAAGGUACUUGUCAGGGGAUAUUUCUGAUGUUUCUGUCUGAAUGUGAUGAGGUGUCACGGCCUCCAUGAAGCCCAAAGAGCCCAGAAUGUGACCGGUAGCUUCGACUAAACACCGUCUCAGCCUGUCGCCGUCCUCUCUGGCUGAAUCCUUUUGCUGACGUAAAUGGACAGAUCGUGGACUUGAACUUCAGCAUUGACGUGAUGUUACCACACAGUUAUGGUGAAGGAAUAAAUCAUCAAUAAGGAGUCAUCAGGAGGAACUUCAGUAUGGAAUAGAACCCGUCAACCGUCAAGGCGUUUUCGCAACAGAAUUAAAUAAUCUUUUCGCCAAAAAAAACAAAACCGGACAGAUUAAUCGUGAUGAAAGCCAGAUGGAUCAAUUGGCAUCGACAUUGGAUUUCACGAGACGACAGUAAUCACAUGACCACAUCCUGGACUCGACUGGAUGUGGGGAACUAACAGGGUUGAAACGAACACCAGCUGCCUGAGAGCUGCAAAUUCUGUUCAGGUCCUGUUUUGCUGCAUUGAGCAUCUCAUCAGUACAGAAGUGGAAGUCUCAGACUCACCACUGGUUGGAAUUUGAUGAAUGUUAUGGUAGUUUUGAGUUUUCACAUGAGGGGUGGAAAUCAUUUUUGGUCUGGGAUUUUUCUUUCAUGGUUGCGGCCCCUUAUAUUCAGUGGUGCAUGACCUCAGUAUCUUAGACCAGUGGAUUUUUUAAGUUAGACCAUGGACCCCAAUUUGAUCGGUGUCCCAGGGUUUUCUUCUUUUACAUAUUUUACUUCAGAAAGUGUUUGAAACUCAUGACCGACAUAGUCAUACAUUCUGGAUGGCAUUAUAGUGAAAAUAGAUUAGAGGCUGUUGGAGUAGCAUAUUAACGCCCAUGAUGUGAGAGUGACAUGUUCAGCUAUCACAUGGCCGGAGUGUUUAGUUGUCCGCAAACUUUUCGGCCAAGUUGUGGAUCUCAGUUGAGACUUUGGGUGCUAUUGGACAAGGUUUCGAGGUCGUCUGACUCGUUAUUCGAGGCCAGUGACGCGUCCAUACAGGCGGGUGGAGGGAAGGGUUCGUGAUGAUGAGACCUGUCAAUCAUGUAGUGUAUAGACAGUUAGAAAUGCCAGCUAUCUCCCGUCAAUACACCCGUAGCCCUGCCGAGUAACGACCUGUUUGCUGUGUUUAUUUAUUUCAAAGUAAUGAGAAAGAAAUAAAAAUUUAGGGUCUGGGAAAAAAUACACAUGAAAAGUUGCAGAAACGUGUGAGGACCACAGCGUUGGUCAGAUGUCUGAGAUGCUCAUUAUUGCAAAACUACUUGAAUAAGAAGCAGUUGCUUGAAACUGGCAGCCACGAUACAAAAAGCAAAACAUUAUUCCUCAAACGAAGUCCUCAGUUGUUCUUCUCUCUAAAUAUUUAUUUGCCCAAAAACUGAUCAGACUUAUUUGGCUCCCAGGAGUCGAACAGUUCAGAGUCUCUGCCAAAAUAAUAAACGCUGUUUUAGAGUCUGACAGGUUGAAGGGGGAGAGUUAAAGUUUCCUCAAAUGACCAUGAAGGUUAUUUUUUUGUUUUUUGUUUUUAAUUCUCAGGAGCAGUGCAGCAGAGCAGCACCACAGGGAAUCCAGUAUGGCAGCAGUUGAAUGAUGUCUCUUCAUGUUGUCUGUGGAUGUGACGGCUGAGUGAGAAUUAUCAGCCUGAUUUCACUGACGGGCCUCACGUCAGCACUCAGCACUGCUUGAGGCAGGUAUCGCACACCGUACGUGUUAUACCUGUGUGUGCGUGUGUGUGUGUGUGUGUGCAUGUGUAAAUGUUUUGGUUUUCAUUUUAAACCUUUCAAAGGUAAAAAUUUAAAUGUAUUGCCAAGUAUACAUCCUGUUUACUUUUAUGUUACCAAACUGCACUUUUUUUUUUUCUUUUUUUUUUUCUUUUUUUUAAUAAUUUCUCUUCCUGUUUGUUGUCAAACACAGUAUGUCAGUAUAUGGAAAUGAACAUGUCACAUGGCAAAACGAUUAUCAGAAAGCGGCUCAUCUGAAUUCACCUCCUCAGUUUUCAAUGGGAAAGGUUUCUUUUCGGGUGACUUCACCCGUCAGCAGCCGCCCGCAUAAAAAAUUAUGCUGCUAAAUUCUUCGCGUCACUAGCGAAGCUUUGCAGCCGUGCCAUAACUUCCCUGGCAACAGCGUUUGUUGAGAUGACGGAAGUGCUUUGGUGGAUUUGCUGAAUGAGAUUGUGGGACUUUAUGUUGCGGUGCGUGUCCAACCAGGAGCGUUGAGUGUUAAAUUUAACACCAGGGUUUUGUUGCAUCAUGGGGAAGCAGUCCUCCAGUAGCGCACUCAGCAGCUGGAUGUGCGUCUGAAACACAUUCUAGCUAAGUCAAAGCAUCGAAUGACUUUCAGUCACAGACAUAAACAUGGUGAGUGUUGCCUUUUAUUGCGUUGCAACUUGCUGCUAGUACAGUUGCCAGUUUAUUAGGUACAUCUAGCUCAAACUGAUGCAGUGUAAUACAACAGUCCUGCAGUAAAUUCUCCUACAUGAAGGUUAUAAUAUUCAGUUUGUGUUGAUAUUGUUUUAAAGAUGUUGAUUCAGCAGUGUGAACAUCUUGGUGGUUGCAGUUGAACUCUAUUGUUUUGUAUUAAGAGAAACACCACACUGUUGAAUGUAAUACAGUUGAACAGCAACACAAACUUACAGCCUUCACUAUACAAACUUCACAUUAUAACCUUCAUAAAGGAGGAUUUACUGCAGCACUGUUGUAUUAGAUUGCAUCAAUUUUAGCUUGGUGUUCCUAAUAAACUGCCAACUGUUAUGCUCUUUUUUUUCCUCUUUGUUGCAUUGCAGUGACCAGACAAACCCUCUACAGGUCAACGUUGGAGAAAAAUUUACUUAUUUUUGAGCGUAAAAGUUGAUUCUUGAGUUUGAGAAUGUGUUUAUCUUAACAGAAGGUUUAGGUUAGUAUCUGUUACAUAAGCUGUCAACUGCAUCUCACAUAGAGUUUGUUCAGUUGACAUGAAGAAGUAGUGUGUGGACCUUGAGUUAAGAUUCGUCAGUUACCUUAUUUUCUGCUAAUUUCAGUGCGACUUCAGUCACAGAUGUUUCCACGUUAGUGAAGUGAAUCCGAUUGCAGCGGACUACACAGGGUAACACAGUGUUGAGACUCCAUGUCCUCACAUAAACUUUUUCUGUUUUCUGAGCAUGAAGCAAUUGUAAAGUCACUCUCACAGCUCCAUGUUGCCGCAGUAAGAGUCUGCAAGUAUUGAAUAUUUUAAUUUUAAUCGACUGUUAAGUCAGUAAAAUGUAAGAAGAAAUGUAAAGAUCACAUCUUCACAUUGCUUAAAUUGCAAACAGUACAAACCUCAAAAUAUUCAGCAAACCAUCUCAUUUCUGAAUCUGGAACCAGGAAUGUUUUUGGCGAUAUGAACUGAUAAAUGAAUCAAUUGAUUAAGUAAAUAUUCAAAUUGGUGCUGAUGUAUUUUCGGCUGAAAAAUCAGCUGAUUUGUGAAGGGUAUUCCCUCCACUGCGGCCUCUGUAGUCGUGUGCACGUGGCUCAAACUGUAGCACACAAAACUUGUAUGAUUUAAUGUUGUUUCCUACAAACCUCGGCUUUGCUAAACAAUCAUUUAGGUCAUUUUAAAGAAUUAAAAAUCCACAGGUCUCAUAGUGUCUCACAGUGACUCAACACACAGGUGAACUUUGACCCGUUUCACAGUAAAACCUCUGGGGUGCAUGAUAACAACUGUCACUUAUAAUCACUGUUAACAAUCCUUCAUAGUAAAAACCAGUGCUGACUGGAGGCUGACCGUAAAUGAACUAAUAACCCUGCUGUGCUAAAAGGUUGAAAAAAAUAAUAAUAGCUUUAAAUAUCCAUUGCCAAGCACUUCUGUCAAAUAUCCACUUGUUCAUUCAUGAUAAUUCUAACUGUUAUGAGUACUCUGUCUUUGUCACCAUGUUAUGUUAUGUCGUUUUAACUGGCAACAAGCCAACUCAUGUAAAGAUGCAGCAGGACAAUCGUGCGGCGACCUGUUGUAUGAAUGAUGAUGUAAUGUUUGCAGAACUUGCACUAAAUGUUGGGUAGACUGAUGUGUUCGAACUUUGAAUACAGAAAAUUGUAUCUGC